AUGGAUCCGUGUCGGACCAUGGAUCCAGGUCGGACCAUGGAUCCAGGUCCUAUUGUCAGCGCUGAACCGUCCGGGACCUCGUUCGUCCUCUCUGUUUGGGAGUGUUUUUGCUGCAUUGCAGAUGUGCAGAGGGGGAAGUCCACCUCACACUCAGAGGGCAAAGAGGAAGCACAACCUCCAGGAAAACACUGGCUCUGUCUCCGCCGCGGCCCCUACCGGGACCUAGCAUAG